CUGACACAUCUGGACUGGAGAGGGGGGAGGCCUGGCUGUUAGCGAACUACCGAGGGGAAUGGACAACGUUUAAUGCUCAUCUGCAAAACGGGCCUUUGUUACACUUGCCGUGGCGUUUGUGAGUGUGAGCUGUCCUUCUCCUCUGGGCGAGGGCUGGGCUCUGCCCGCUUUGAAGCACCAUACAUGACAGCAGACCUCACACUGAGCUGAAAUGAAACGAGUCCACAUAAAUGAGGCAGCCGACAAACUGGAGAAACAUAUCCAAGAAAUGGACGACGGCAGUUACAUCGAGUUCGAUGUGCCGGAGUUCAGUAACACUGUUCUGGACCAGCUCAAUCAGCUGCGUCUGCAGGGGAAGCUGUGUGACAUCAUCGUCCACAUUCAGGGCCAGCCGUUUCGAGCCCAUAAGGCCGUGCUGGCAGCGAGCUCACCCUAUUUCCGUGACCACUCGGCUCUCAGCACCAUGAGUGGCCUUUCCAUCUCGGUCAUCAAAAACCCUGAGGUGUUUGAGCAGCUUCUUGCAUUCUGCUACACGGGUCACAUGUCCCUACAGCUCAAGGACAUUAUCAGUUUCCUCACUGCGGCCAGCUUUUUGCAGAUGCAAGCCAUCAUUGACAAGUGUACCCAAAUCCUGGAGAGCAUCCACUCCAAGAUUAGCAUCCCAGUUAGUGUCUGCAGCCCAGGGAAGGGCGACUCGCAGGCCAGCGGCAAUGGGGUCAACGACAGCAACCUCUUUGUAAACCCUACCCAGAUCUCCCCCCCUUACUACUCUCGGCAGAGUCAGGCAGGACAUGAAGUGCGCUUUGAGCUGCCAGGAAAAACCCACAGACGAGGCCGACAGCAACCGGAGGAAGGCCAGUCGGACCGAGGCAGCAGUGAUAGUGUGUCAGAGCACGAUGCUCCCAUGGAAGGAGAAAUGGAGCAAGUGGAACUGAUCGGCAAAGAUGGGCAGGUGACCGACGUGCACGUGAAAAUUGAGAAGACCGAGAGACCCACUUACUCAGAUAGUUCCUCAGCCGGUGAUGAUGGCUACCACACAGAGCUGGUAGACGGAGAGCAGGUACUGGCUGUUAGUGUGGGAUCUUAUGGUCCAGUCAUCCAGUCGGCUGCCUAUUCUUACUCAGGGCAGUCCACCCCGUGCUUCGUCAACCUCAGCAGCUCCAGUCCCUCCCGCUCCUUACUCAGUGGCUACAGAGGUGGGCGAGCCAGAGUGAAGCGGCCCCUGGGCAUCCCGGCAGGAGUGCUGAGUCGUAUCAAACCAGGCUCAGAAGACAGCGAAUCAGUCGUGGGACCCACGGGAUUGGAGAACGACGUGCGAGAGCGCAGCCUGCGGAGCCAGUGGUACCCCUACAACGAGAGACUUAUUUGCAUCUACUGUGGUAAGACCUUCAACCAGAAAGGGAGCCUGGAUCGCCACAUGCGCCUGCACAUGGGAAUCACCCCCUUCGUUUGUAAAUUCUGCGGCAAGAAGUACACAAGGAAAGACCAGCUGGAGUACCACAUCCGUGGCCACACAGACAACAAGCCCUUCCACUGUCAGAUCUGUGGCAAGUGCUUCCCGUUUCAGGGCACCCUUAACCAGCACCUGAGGAAGAAGCACAUGGGAGCAUCAGAGGUGACUAACCAUAUAGACUCUCCAGAGACCACCGAGGGAAGCUCAGGUCAGAAGGACCAGGAGGAGACGUCUGAGGGGAUGGCCUUUGAGGCACAAUAUGCAGAGGAGGCACCGGCCAAUGAGGAGGAGAGUUCAAAAUGCAGUCCAGAGGAAGCUCAAGCCUCAAGAUGUGAUUUUUAGGUCCUGCUUCAGGUUAAGGAAGCUUUAAGAAAUGUUUAUCUUAACUCAACUUAAAGGACUUUUUUUCUUUUUGAAUCAGCUCCCUCUACUAUAGACAUUUCUUGCGUCAAGGGGUUUCUGUCAAUUUGUGAAAGUAAGAUUGUUGAAUGCAGAGAGCAAAUGCUUGCUUUAUAGAAAUCCGAUUCUUUCAAGCAAAGGGAGUGACAACUUACUAUUCUUGAGGAGGUCCCAAUAAUCAAGACCCCUUAAUUGAUUUAUCUUUUUAUCUUUCCAUGUUUUUUAAAACAUAUUUACAGAGUUAUAUAGGCAUGUUGCAAUAAUUGAUAAUGUGAAAGCUCUGGUAAGAUGCUUGUCAUAUCACCUUUUUACCUGACCUGUUUUUGCACAUGUGGCCACAGGAGGUCACUUACUCACAAGGAAUGAUUUUUCUGCCAGUGCAAAGCUUCUUGUGACAUAUCCGUUCAAUACCUCAUGAUACAACUACAUACUCAUAACAGACAGUAUUCUAACUUAAUGAGCUCACCAGGUUCUACCUCAUAGCCAAGAACCUACCAGGCACAGACGUGUUCACCGUUUGAAAUCCGUUUUUAGGUUGUAUGUACAGUAUCUUUAUUGCCAAACCCUGUACAGAAUAUUCUCUCGACACAAAGCCUUGAUACUUAUGUGAAAUAUUCCUUGCUGAUUGUAUGGAUACGGGACAAAGUCCUUGUUUCAUGCUCAGCCAGGUUGAAAUGAUGUUUAAGAAGGUGCUAUGUUAGCAGUACAUUUGCUAGCUUUCUUGUUUGUUUCUGCAGACAAUAGAGUAAGAAAAUGGCCCUGCAUAUUUUCAACAUAUGAGUUUGCUGUCUUGUAACGUUUGUUCUUCAAAACACUUAAGAAUUGUAUCUCUCAUCACUACUGCAGAUCUCACCCGUUCGUGGUUUCAGAUGCUGUCAUCCAUGAAAUGGGUGAAACACGUCCACACAGUGAAGUCAUUUCUAUUUCUCUAUACUCUGAUGGCAGACUUUUACUGAAUUAUUGUAUGUGUAAAUUGUUUUGUCCUGAGGUAGGCUUCUAGGUUAAUACUCAAAGUUCUCACUGUCAACUCUAUAGCACAGUAGGAACAGCUCUGGCCUGUUCACAUAAAUCAACAUAGUACUCUUCUGAAUGAUAUGCAAACAGAAAGAACAAAGGAAUCUCAGCCAUUUUGACAUGGUUUAUUCUUCCAUUAUUUCAAAGAGCUCUUGCUUUGCUUCCUUUCUUAUUUUUGCUUCUGUCCCAACUUUCUACGAUGGGACAAUUGAUCUGUGAUCUUUUUUUCUCUGCAUUGAUCGGGGUCAGAUGUGGAACUGCAACAAGUUUUCCUCAUUUGUCUACCCUACUUUAUGGUGUUUGACAUCGAUGUGGCACAGCUAGAUUAAGGCUAAGAUUUAAUGUAUUUAGAAGUAGCUGGUGAUCCAAAGUAUGAUGCACUUUGCAGAGAUGGGGGGAGGGGCGGGGGUUGUGCCAUUGAGAAAACGUGCUAGCUUCUGUCUUCAUUCUGAUGCUGCAGGGUAGGACUAGAUUGACAGCAGUGCUUCUGCCUAUACGUACAUAUAUUGUGAUCUGUAUUGAGAUUCUGCAAUCACAUGAAUACUAACGUCUACAAGUCAUGCAUAUGGCUAUAUAUUAUAUACAGUUUGAGCCAUGGGGAUCGGGACAUGGGUUUUAUUUCCAUUCUGAUUUAAGUCAUCUGUAUUUUACAGUUAAUGCAUACAAAAGGCACUUAGAAGGCCUGAUUGAUUAUCCUGUUAUAUUUAGGACAUUUAAAGCUCAGCUGGGUGGUCACUUUUGUGCUAUCAUGCUUUUCCUUUUUACCAUCCAGCUGUUAAAAUACAUGUAUUGAAGAGCACCUGCUAUUUGCUUUUAUUUUGUCCAAUCCAGUCCAUGCUGAAUUUGAUUCAAUUAAUUGCGUUUGGGUUUUUUCUCUCACAGUUUACAUAUAAUUGUCUAUGUUCGGUUGGUGGGAGAAUAUUGAGUUUUGUUUCUCAUGUCUGACGUCAAGCGUGCAGUCUUUUUUUUUUUAUUCUGGUGAGUGUGCGGUCAUUGUCUUCUCGUUGACAGUCGAGAUAGUGAACCAUAAUGUAGGGGAUUUGGCAAAAGUCGGUAUAGCUAGCUUUUCGUUGUCUUUGUGUGCCAGGCUUCGUCACAAACACUUUAGUUCAUCACACCCACAGUCUGUCCACCUGUACAGUCCUUUUAGACGAAUGUUUACUGAGCGGAGUGUUUAUCUGUCGGCCGCUGACGUGCAGGUUGAACAGCUGAUCUGACCUCACUAAAGAUCAGUCAGUGACCUGUUUGAAUCUGCCUACGACGAAUACACCUCACCUAGGAAGGACAGAGUUGGAAAUGUUCAAACCUCCUUGUCAGUAAUGCUUUGUGAGUAAAAGGUACAAAAUGCUAAAAUAAUUUUGUGCCAAGAGUUCACACCAAAGACUAAUGGGUGAUUUGUAACUUUAAAAUGCUGACUGUAUCACAUAAUUGAAUGCUCAUAUUAAGAAGUUCUUAAUUUAAUGUAGGACUAGUCCAUUGCUAUUUGCAAGGAAUGCACGUUUCCCAGCUUAUAACAAUCACUUGUGUACAAUUUGAACAACUUGCUAAGAAGACAUUAAGCAGCAAAGUCAUAAAUAACACAAUAUAUUAAGCCAUACAAAAGCUGACAAGAUAACAGUUGUGCAAUAGGUAUUGUAAUUGUUUAAAGCCAAUGUAAACAAAACACAAAAAGUGGCAUCUUUAACUUAGUGCCUUGCCACAAGCUUUACUUUGAGGAUGCUGGCAUUUAGAUUCCUGUGCCUCUUUCCUUUUCUAAUGGAUUGAAUAGAGCAAUGAUAGAAUAUGGCCACAGCAUUAAUCUAUAGUGGUACUAAGAAUGAAUACAAAUGAAUUCAUUUCACAUUUGUCCAGUUGUUUUCCAGCUCAAGUCCUUUGCCCUGAUCUGGCUCUUUAUAUUAUAGUUUAAAUCAAACUGAUUUGAUGGUUAAUCUUCUUUAGUAGCAUUGAAUUGCAAUGAAAAGAAGCAGUGUUGUUCCCUACAAGCCACUUCCCAGUGUUCAGAGACCUCACUGUAUCCUUCCUCUCUGACCACUCUGGACAAUCUUAACAAUGUACUGUAUUUUGGCAUUUCAAUGAAGGAAGGAGAUGCGUGACACACACACACGUCUACUUCCUCUCUGUUCACUCGGAGCAUCUGGCAAGGGAACAGCUGCUUUGGGAUUUAGCAGUGGAGGAGAAAAAGAGAAGCUUUCCCUUAUAUACUGUAGCUGAAUUGCACGUUGCUCAACCACACAAUUGUAUGAAAUUGCCAAUGGAUCAUUGUUUUUACAUGUAUUUGUGUCAUCAAUUGUGCACUUACAGUUUUGUUUUUUAUAGUCAAUACCAAUUCCAUCCGGGAAGUCUAGUUUAUUUCUGUAUUUUCUUUUAAGGGAUGAGCUAUAAUGCCCUCAAUCACUUUGCCAGGGACCAUUUCCCUCUUAAAUGGUGCUUUAGUCAGAUUAUUAUUAUUAUUAUUAUUUUUUUUAAACGAGUCCUUAUAAUCAUCAUAGGUGAAUGGAGGGGAAAUAGUUGUAUUGCUUUUUCAUGAACUAGUUACUAAAUGUGAUACACACUUACAAAACCAAC